AUGGUUGUUGCCUCCUCUUCUCCAACUCCUUCCAAUGUGCCGCACAACGCAGACAACCUUAAAUUAAUGACAAUGCCCUUACCAGUGAACAAAUUGUGGAACUCCUUGGGCUUUCCUGUAAGCUCAAGGUCCAAGACAGCUCUCAAGAUUGAUUUGCUGUCUACGAACUCCCCAAAGAGAUCUUGGACGACAUGGUCAACACUUCCCAUAAAUGACUCAACGCAAACAUCCUUAAACUCACCAAGGACUCCCUUACAUAUAACGGAGAAAAUUGGACAAAAGGAGGAGCAGUCAACAAAAUCUUUACUCCACAGCUUAAAAGACGCAGACAAGCUCAGGACAGCUGCCAGUCUCGCAACAGAAAUCUUUGAUGACAUCAAAGUCAUGGUCGAUGGAAAGCACAGCUCUCAAGACAUGCUUAAAAACAUCCUUGAGAAAACACGAUGCUUGACAAUCUUUGGCUACGUUACAGCACAGAAUGCAGAUGAAGACACUAAAGAGCUUGUCAUGCGAUCCCUCAAUCUCCCUUCAAAAGUCAAGUAUCUCGAAAAUGAAGAAGAUGAAGGGGACCGAGAACUGGUGCUCUCUUCCAACAUGGUCAAAAAAAUCCACCAGUAUGACUAUGAAGAGUCCAUUCUCAAAGCCGCCACUCAACCUCACUCAGGCAAUGCCAAUGGAUAUCAGUGUGGAGAAUAUAACAAACGUGGCCAGAGCUUUCACCAGGGCCAGGGUUUUCACAAUAGAUACCAGCAGUUGACACAACUACACAAUCACACCAGUGAUUGUACCAGUCUAUUAGGAUCACUAUUCAGUGCCUCUGAACGGGAUCCUACUGGGGGUUACUUGGGACGUUUUCUGAAAAAGGUGGUUAAGGAGGGUUCCCAGAUCCAAUGGACGAGGCCUCCACGCCCGUGGAGAAACAAACCAUUCAGUCUAUUAGAAGUGCGAGCACUUCAAAAUGGAAGAUGUUUCCACACUGAGAUAAAUGAUACUUCCAGACGAUUUAUUGACAAAAAUCGACCUGAAGGAUGCCUAUGUAGUGGUUCCUAUUCACUCAGAGUCUUGCCCUUUUCUCACCUUCCAACACAAGAGUACACAGGUCAUCCACCAGCUGACAUUGUUGGGAUUUAUAAUCAACUGGAAAAUGAGCGUUUUAACACUCUUGACGAAACAAGACUUCUUGGGGUUCACGUUCAACACGAAGAAAAUAAUGUCAACCAUACCAAAAACAAAAUUGAGCAAGCUCGAGUCUCGUCUCCAACAAGUCACAUCUCAAACCAGGACCUGUCAGUGGAUUACUUCUUUAUUGGGGAAGAUUACAUCUAUGAUUCCAGCAAUUGGGGAUGCGUUGCUCAAGAUCAGAUAUUUGCAAUAAGAUUUACCGAGAGCAUUGCAGACAAAUUCAGCAAAAUGGGAAGCACCGCGCAAGAUGACAACCAAAGCAAAAGAGGAAGCUCAAUGGUGGUGUACAUUGGCCGAAACCAAGAACGGAUUACCCAUACAGCCACCACCCGCUCCACUGCCAAGUGUCACAGUGAAUUUUUGACUAUUCUUUUUGCAGUAAAACUCCAUGCUUCAAAAAACAGAAACUCAACAAUCCAGAUUUUCUUGAACAAUAUCACAGUAAUCAAAUAUGCCUCAAAAUUGAUGGGUACAGCAUCCGCAAUUCUUCAACGCAUUGUCUUGGAAAUAAAAGAGAUAACUUGCAAGGUUCAAAUACAUCUCAAGAAGCUUCCUCAAAGAUUCUCCAAUGACAUAACCACCAAAUGGGGAAGAAUGUCAAUGGAUAUGUUUGCUGCACAUCACAACAACCGAUUACCAGGACAAAGUAAGGUCGGUGGUUCUGGUGAUAUCAGAUUGGUCAGUACAACACUGGUGGCCAAUAACCAAGUUCCAUCAGUAGACCUCUGUCAGUAUAAUAUCAAUGCUAUGGUCAACUUCUUGAUGGCCCAUCAAAAAGACUUGACUCAGUAUCUGAAUCUGAUGAGAUCAGCGGUUGCUUUGGUGUUUCGUGUUUUGUGGCCAGACAAACCAAAUCUUAUGAUGCAAGAACCAAUUGCAGCAUUUUUUAUGGCAAAGCAUAAGUCAGAGAUAAAACCACCAUCUUGCAAUCAAGACAAAAUUUGGUCACUGAAGUCCGUCCUCCAAUUGUUGAAUUCUUGGGACCUUACAGAUGAUUUAUCUCUUACACAACUCCAGCAAAAAACUGUCAUGCUACUUUGUCUUGCAACAAUGUGGUGUCCUCAAUCAAAUAUAGAGAUAAAACUGCUAGCAAGAGAACCCAAGGAGGACUUUUGGCUCAUUAUUCCAAAAGAACAUAUCUUGUUCCUCACGUAUCUAGAUACAGAAAAACUUUCAACUUCUAUCAAACUAGCCACAAUUGCUAACAUUGUCAGGAACACUUUGAUACAAUGCGAUGUCAGCACUACCAUAUUCAAUUCACAUUCAACAAGAGCUGCCACAAGUACUGCAGCAGUACAAGGUUGCAUAGAUAUAGUAGCCAUCAACGCUAAUCCUAGGGAGACGACGUUUCCAGAUAGGAGACGACGUUUUCAGGUCGGAGACAACAUUUUGAUUUUACCGGACCACAAAUCGUGA